AGUUUUGGGGGGGAACAGGGUGUCACUCUGGGGCCUGGCUGAUCCGCCCCCUCCAUGAGAACACCCCGAGCAGACUGUCUACUCUGUAAACGCGGGUGAGCUCUGUGAAUGGAGAGCUAGACACUGAGACUGGGACUGCAUGGACAACAUGAAAGCGCUGCGGCUGCUUGUGUGUGCUCUACUGCCCCUGCUCUGCCUGCCCCAGACCAGCCACGGAGUUUCAUUCUUCGGGGAUAGUUACUGUCGGAUAGAUGCGGUGCAGGAUCUGUUGAGUUUUCAUCUGUCGCUCCAGUUUAAGACGAGCAGGCGCAGUGGGCUCCUCCUCCUAGCUGCCGGAAAUGAAGAUUACCUUUCCCUGGAGCUUUACAAUGGCAGGUUGCAGGCAAGGAUAGACAUGGGAUCAGGUGAAAAAGUGCUGACCUCCUCUACAGGUGUGCAGCUAAAUAAUCUACUGGAUCAUCAAGUUUCUCUCACACUGAAGGGAAGCAAACUCAGCAUGACUGUGGACAACCUUUUUACAACCUUCAUUGAAAUGCAAGAAGGGGAGGACCUCAAUAUCGAUACAGGCGUGUUCCUUGGAGGUGUGAGAGAUCUGGACGUCGAAUACCUCAGCACUGCUGUCCCCUUCUUCCGUGGGUGUAUGAGCAACAUAACGUUUAAGUCCCAACAGUUUGAUAUUUUGUCCUCAGAGACUCCUUUCUGCCAAGACACCAAGGAAGUCUGCAGUAGUGAGUUUGAAGCAGGAGAUGGGGAGGCCACGAGUUUUGUCAGCCCAGAAUCUUUUGUGUCCUUCCCAACCUGGACCAGGGCCAGCACUGGCUCUCGCAACAUAGAGGUACUGAUGAAAACUACUAUUGAAGAUGCACUGCUUCUCUUCCAUCCCGGUCACCAGUCUGAUUUCAUUGCCAUGGGCAUAAUAGGAGGUCACCUCAAAGGUGUGGUAGACGUCGGCAGUGGCAUGGUGGUCCUUAACAACGUAAAAGUGCAGUUGGAUGAUGAUCAAUGGCACAGGAUAAAGAUGCAGAUCGAGCCCAACACUUUUGCUAUUACAGUGGACAGCGAAUCUGUCUCACUCCCUCUGAAUGGAUCAGAAAACCUAGACCUUGUAGGAAAUCUAUACUUAGGAGGCAUCCAGGGGAAAAUGAAAGAAGUGUUCCGUGAUGACUACCUGUCUCGUAUGGAGGAGGAGAUGACUUCUGAGUCCUUCAUUGGUUGUCUAGGAGAAAUCAAGGUGAACCAAAAAGACAGAAGCCUACAGGAUGCCUUGAUAACUAAAGAUGUUCAUGUUAAAUGUGAGGGAGAAGAUUAUGAUUAUUCCAGCUAUUAUGAUUUUGAGACAACCACAACUACAGCCCCACUGCGUAUCAGAUAUGUCGCCGGCACUGCAGAAAGGCACUGUUUCCCAACUCCUGACAUGCCAGAGAUCUUUCAAAAUGUCUCCAAACUUUUGGAUGUCAGCCCUCUGCUGGUUCCUGAGGGUGGGGAGGCUAUUAUUGAUGUAACCAACCUCAACCCAACAUUCAAUCUAAAUGCUGUUGGAAUGCGACAGUCUCAGAUCAUCUUCACUUUACAGGCUGAUCCUUGGUAUGGGCUCGUAGAUAUGAAUAUUAAUACUAAACGCACAAAAAAGUUCACUCUUCUGGAUGUGGUGAAUAAGAAGAUUAAGUAUCUUCAUGAUGGCAAUGAAAAGUAUAAUGAUCAAAUCCAGCUAGAGGUGGUUGCACUCGGUUCCAAUCUUCCAGAGUGUUUGAAAACUCCCCACCAGUAUGUGCUUCAAGUGGAAAUCCUCCCUGUCAAUGACAUCCCCCAGCUUAGUGGAGGAGACAUUUCAGUCACAGAAAAUGGACGCACUCGUUUAAGCCCUAACCUGAUCAAAAUAGUUGAUUCAGAUAAUCGGUGUGAUGAGUUGACCGUUACUGUCACCUCUAACCCAAAUCCUAAUGGAUACUUGGAGAAUGCACAGCAUCCUGGCAGGAGCCUGAGUGAGUUCACCUGCAGACAGCUUAAGGAUGGACUCAUUUAUUAUGUCCACAGAGGAGGCUCAGUGGCGGGACUCACCUUGCAAGUUUCAGAUGGGGAUCAGAUUAGUCAGUCAGCUACUUUCAAACUAGCAGUUACAGCCCCACAGAUGAGCCUAGUCACCAACACUGGACUUCUCCUAACUCAGGGCAGUGACUCAUCUAUAGGGAUACAGAACCUGGCUGUUUCUGCCACUCCUAGGAAUGGAGAUAUCAUAUUCAAUGUUACACAGCCUUUGAGAUUCGGAGAACUGCAAAUUAUUGCAGAUAACGGUGUACCACAGGGAGUGUCACUAUUUCAUCAAUCUGACCUGGAGCAGAAUAAACUGAGGUACAUCACUACAAUCUCAUCUGAUCUGGACGACACAGAAACGGAGUAUAUUCACUUUAAUGCUCACCUUGGACAGUUUACUCUUCCAGACAAUGUAUUUAUAAUUAAAAUCAUGCCUGAUCAGGUAAGAAUGGCCAAGAUUGUCCCCCUUGAAAUUACCGAACAGCAGCCAAAAGUCAUCAAACAUGAAAACCUGGAAGCUGUGGUGAAGGGGAAGAGUAUUAAUUCAGCAUCAAUAAAAUAUGUCCUUUGGAAGCAUCCAGCACUGGGUGCCUUGAUGUUGCAAGGCAGAGAUUUGUCAGAAGGAAAUAGCUUCACCCAACAGGAUGUUGAGAAUGGACAUGUCAGUUACAGACCCACAAUCCGUAGGGCUGUUGAUGCUGAGGACCAUUUUCAGUUCAAGGUAUCUGCAGAGGAUCAGUAUUCUAGAGUAUACACCUACCCAAUCAGAGUUAAAGCUGACUCCAGUGCACCCAGCCUGACCAAUGAGAAACUGGUGGUAUUGGAAGGAAAUGAAAACAUCCUGAAUAAAGAAUAUCUCUGGGUACAGACUCCCAGAUCCACAGAUUUUGUGUACAGGAUUGUUCAAGACCCCAGGCAUGGACGCCUCAUCAGAGACUCCCCUCCUGGUGUGCCAAGGUUUGAGGGUGCAGUUCGGGUUUUCAGUAAUGAAGACCUACUCUUGAACAGGCUUAUCUAUCAACAUGAUGGCUCAGAGAUCAACCAUGACCAGUUUAGCUUCCUUGUGUUUGAAGAAGCUGAAGGCAGCACAGAAGGACAGGAGGUCCUCAAAGGAAUAUUUAACAUAGCGGUUCAAUCCAAAAAUGAUCAUGUACCUCAAAGGGUCAUCAAUAAACCCUUUAGCGUGGUGAGAAAUGGCCAGCGUUUGCUGACCACUGAUGAUAUUAUGUUCAGGGAUGAUGACUCAGACUUUAAUGACACCCAGCUGGUCUAUGUUCGAGUGGGAAUUCUCUCAGGUAGCAUUGUCUCAUCUGCAGACCCUUCACAACCCCUCUACCGUUUCACACAGGCAGACCUGAGGGAUGGGAAGGUUCUGUUUGUUCAUCAAGGUGCUGACCGUGAACGGUUCCAGCUUCAAGUGUCUGAUGGAUUGCACAAGACAACAACCCUGCUUCAGGUUCAGGCAAGUGAGCCAUACCUCCGUGUGGUCAAUAACACCAUGGUCGUCAUAGACCAUGGCAGCACCAAGACUCUUAACACCAGUCUUCUGGGCACAGAAUCCAACACUGACAUCAGAAAUGCUGCAGAAAUUGUGUAUGACAUAACCUCUCCUCCCAGUGAUGGGAGGAUUAUAGUCAGUGGUAUCGAGGCCAAGCGGUUCACACAGGAGGACCUUAGGAAAGGAGUGGUGUCCUAUGAGCACAGCGAUCAGAGCCUGAGGUCCAAAGACUCGUUUACCUUCACUGUUCAUGCAAAAGGCUUGUCUGAGGAAGGGAUUUUCAGAAUCAAGAUCUUCAAAAAAGGAUAUCUGUCUGAACCUCAGGUUACCUCCAAUCAGGGGAUCAUUGCGUAUGAAGGAGAGCAUUCCAUUAUUGACUCGGAUCAUCUGCGGGUGGAGCAGGCAGAUAUCGUCCCUACUGAGAUGGUGUUUAGCAUUAAAGAACCCCCACGUCUUGGCCAUGUGGUCAAAAUGACCAGUGACUCAGACAGCACAGCUACCCCCGUGCUGGACUAUAUCCACUCCUUCACACAAGAGGAUAUAAAUAAAGGCACAAUCCUGUACGUGUCAGCCUCGCUGCAAGGUACAGACGGGUUCACAAUGGACAUUAGUAAUGGCUUCACCACAGUGGAGGACCUGAGGGUGCAGGUGGACAUUGUACCCAGGUUUAUUCCCAUCCAGGUGGUCAACUUCACACUGAGGGAAGGAGGAGCCGUGGCACUCUCUGAGGAGGUACUCAAUGUCACACACCCUUUCUACAGGUCUGUCAACAUCGAGUUCAUCAUGGAGGAGGCACCUCAGAAUGGAGAGAUCAAAUACCUGGACAAGGACGACGAAGGAAUUGUCUCCUUCACCUGGAAAGAUGUGCAGCAGGGUCUCAUCUACUACCUUCACGACAGCACAGAGACCUCAGAGGACAGUCUCACUCUCUCUGCCUCUGCCUAUGAGAUCAACCGCCGCAGCCAACCUGUCACCAUCAGCAUCACCGUCAUCCCUGUUAAUGAUGAGCCGCCCAUGCUACAGCUCAACACCGGCCUGGAGGUCCUUGUUGGUGAAGAGUCGGAAAUCACAAACAGAGUGUUGAACACAGAAGAUGUGGACACCCCUCCGGAAGAGCUGGUAUAUUCAAUAGAAGCACCAACCAAUGGGAUCGUUGCUCUGAAAGAGUCACCUGAUGAUAGUAUUGAUACUUUCACCCAAGCUCAGAUCAACAACGGAGAGGUCAUUUUCAUCCAUGAAGGAUCCAAAUCUGGGAGUUUCACCUUCACAGUGACAGAUGGAGACCACACCUCUCCUCUCUACCUCUUCACUGUCACUGCCAGACAGCUGACAAUCUCUGUGGAGGCACAGGGCGAGCUCUUGGUCUUCCCAGGCUCCAGGCAAGUGAUCAAUCGUGAUAUACUUCGCGCAGUGACUAGUGAGGAUGGAGAUCAGAUCAGCUACUCUCUCGUUAGGCCUCCACGCCUUGGACGACUUAUCAAACCUAACCAGAGUGGACAGUUUGAGGAAAUCACCAAAUUCACACAAACUGAGCUGGAUGCCAGUGCUGUGUAUUAUGAGCACCAGAUGCCAUCAGAGCCUUUCUGGGUGGUUAAAGACUCUGUUGAGCUUGAGCUCUCAUCACCACCUGCAGCACGACUCAACCACACGCUUCCUGUCACCGUAUCAUACUAUGCCGCUAACCGCAAUGUGUCUUCGCAGCUGUGGAAGAACAAAGGUAUGUCAGUGGUGCAGGGGCAAUCUAAGGUGAUCGACAGUUCUAUUCUGGACGCAUCUAACCUGCUUGCCAGUUUGCCAAAAGAGAAGCAAGCAGGACAGGACGUUGUUUUUGAGGUACGGAAAUUUCCUGUGCAAGGCCGGCUUACUCUUAGAGGGGCCAAUCUUCCCCGGGACACACCCUACUUUCUGCAAGAUGACAUCAACAAAGGGGAGCUGGAAUACUCUCACGAUGACUCAGGUGCAUCCUCAGACAGCUUUUCUUUCCGUGUGCGGCUGAACCCCCAUGGCCGCUCCCCUCAGGCUGCUCCAGGAGCUGUGGUGCUGGAGGAGAUCUUCUUCAUCUCUAUCACACGAAGAGACUCAAGCCCUCCACAGCUAGAACGUCUGGACCUGCUGCUGGAAGCUCUGCAAGGCUCCACCACUGUGCUGUCGAAGCAGUACCUCAACACCAUCGACCAAGACAGCACACCAGAUGAGGUCAGGUUCACUAUCUUAAAGAGCCCUGCUAAUGGCCAUAUCAUCUAUAAAGACACUGGGGACAGGAUCCGGCAAUUCACCCAAGAGGAAGUAAACAUGGGCCGUGUGGCAUUUGUGAGCGAUGGCACCUUGUCAGAUGGCUUCAUGGAGUUCACUGUCUCUGAUGGGAAGCAUCAAACAGAACCUCACACAUUGCAUAUCGGCAUCCUGGCUAAGAAACUCACGCUGAGCAAAGUGCAGGAGAUCCAAGUGAAGCAGGGAGAUGACGAGACUCCAAUCACAGAGGCCAUGUUGAAAGUGUCCACAGGAGGUGCCAGAGAGGAGGAUGUCCUUUACAAGAUCACAAACGUGCCCAAGUAUGCAGCGGUGAUGGUGGACAGGCAGCCUACCUCUGCCUUCACCCAGAAACAGAUCAAGGAAGGGAGGGUGAGCGUCCGCUUCAUCAAGUCCACUUCCCCGAGUGACAGUUUCGCCUUUGUGGCCCGCAGCAGAGCAGCUAACGUUUCCUCUGCUCUCAACAUUACAGUGAGACCCUUAGCAAAUGUGGCCAAGGAUCCUGUGCUUCCACGAGGCACGACAGUCCUAGUGGAUCGUAAGCUGUUAGAUGCAACCCCGCUUGCCAACAAAACUAGAACAUCUCCAACCUUUAGUGUGACCCAGCAGCCAAAGGGAGCGAGGUUUGUGAAGAGAGGAGGAUCAGCAGAUGGCCAGCCUGUGGAAUCCUUCACCCAGAGAGACCUGGAUGAGGGGCGUGUGGCUCUAGAGGUUCUGAACACUACAGGGGUUCCAAAAGGCAAAGGUCAAAAUCAGAGCCAGGGUCAGGAUGAGGCCCGAUUUCUCCUCAAAGCACAUGGAGUUCCCCCUGCAGAGUGCAUUCUCUCUUUCAAGACAGCUCCCUAUGACCCUGCAGGAGUCUACGGUGCCACAGUCCUCAAGGUUCCCCCCUCUGUACCUACCUCAGACAAGAGUAAAGCAGGCUAUCCCGACACCAGAGGGAGAGAAUGGCCGUAUGGAGUGAGCCCCACCACUGCCACCACUGGCUCCCACAGAGCCCCAGUUUCCAGACGGAACACAUUAUGGGCCAUCCUAAUCCCCAUUUUAGUCAUCCUGAUUCUUCUGCUUCUGGCUGGUCUGCUAGCUUACUACCUGGUGAGACGGAACAAGACAGGGAAGCACAACGUCCAGACAGCUACAGCAAAGCCGAAGAAUGGAGAGGUCAGCCAGGAAACCUUCAGGAAAACCGAUCCAGCAAACAACAUUUCCAUGACCACCAUAGAGUCCAAAGAGGCGGAUCCCGAAUUACUGCAACAUUGUCGGACAACAAACCCAGCUCUAAAAAAGAACCAGUACUGGGUAUGAGAAAGAUUAAAAUAAGGACUCUACUGUGUCAAUGUUGGCAGAUGUGCACCGGUACUUUGGAAAUGUGUAUGGGAGCUUCCUUGAGUCAUUCCUAACAGUGUUAAAGACCUCCUGCAAUACUAGUGCUUUGGGAAAACAUCAACAUUUUGGCAAAUAAUUACAUUUCACUUCACAAUCAGUCCAGACAUUUUCCAUAUUAAUUGGGUUUUCUGGGAGAAUAUUUUGUAAGUGGAUCUUUUUAUAAUGAGAGACGAGCAACCAAUUAAGCAAGCUCUCAAGUCUAUGUAUGUUUUAAUCCUGAUGUAGGACCAAAAACAGGCAAAUAUUUAGAUCAGCUUAUAGGAUGUCAUUAGAGUUGAACUAGCUGUCCUUGCAGAAAGCUGUACUUCAGAACAUAUCAGUGAAAUACUACACUUAUUUGCAUGUUGUCACCUAAAUAUUUACCUUCAUAUGUGAGGACUGCUUUAUGCACCUUUUUUUGUAAAUAAAUGGACAAGAGUUGUCCUGUUGGUAGUGAUGUAACUAUCUUAUGCUAAAAAAAAAAAAAUAAAUGGGCCACCAUAUGAAUUUUUUUUUAGAUUUAAACUUAUAAAAAAUGAAUAUAUCGUGUUGCAGACUGUGUAGGAUCCGUUUUAAAAUGGUCAUGGAUGAGCAGCAUUAUGAAUAAGAAGGAGAUAACCAGACAUCAGUUCUGUCUGAGUAGUGUUGAUGUAAGUUAGCUGGUGAGGUAUGUUGGUAAGAAAUGUGAUGUUUCUGUGAGUAACUGGUGUACAUUGGUGUGCGAAGCUAUAUGAGGGGCCCAGUAAAGAUUUUAAGGUGCCUGGUUGCUGUGGAUCCUUUGCACAAUGGGCCCAAGUGUGAUUGCCUCCUCAGUAAUUUACUCGCUUAGUAAUUCAAAAGGCUUAUUUACUGCAUAUGAGCUAAUGAAGUCAAAUAUACAGUUAUUUGCCAAAAUGCUGACUUUGUCCUUAAGAGCAAGGCAUAUAUCUGAUUAGGCUUUUUAAGCUCCUCAAAAAGAUUUUGAUAAGCUUGAUUUCUACACAAUAAUUCACUGAUGGAAAAAACAGGCAAUCUUUCCAAGCUAGACUCAGAUUAAUUUUCCUGUCUUUAAAUAGAACUUCUGGACAUGAACAUAACUUACUAUGUUUGAACAAAAUAUUUUUAUGUUGUUAAAUGAUUUGUAGUUUUGUUUAUAAUAAAUUGGAGAUAAUAAUGCAUUUUGGGGUUUUAUGACAUGAAUGAUGUACUUUUUUUGUUAAAAUGCCCAUAAUAUUUUGUGUCAUAAAUCAUUUUUC